AUGUCUCAUUCGGCCGCUGUUCAACCCGCACCCAAAGCUCCACUGGAGGUCCAAGACGUCAAAACCCCACAGCCUGGUCCGCACGAGCUUCUCAUCAAGAACGAGCUCAUUGCACUUAAUCCGAUCGAUGCAAAGUUGGCGAAACUUGCUCUCUUCCCCAUUGAAUACCCGGCUAUCCUCGGAGGAUCUUAUGGAGGCAAGGUCGCAGCCAUUGGCAGUGAGGUUACCAACUUCAAAGUCAGCGACACGGUCGCUGCAGCAAAGGCUGGCGGCGUCUCCGGAAACAAGUACAGCAGCUUCCAGAAGUAUGUCGUUUCUCGAGAUGUUACCACGAGCAAAGUUCCGGAAAGCGUCGACCUCCACAUCCCAGCGGGAUUGAUCGGCAACUUCACUACCGUUGUGGGGCUAUUCACAGAGCACCUUCGUCUUGAGAGGCCUGAUCCGGUCGGCAAAAUGUCUUCUAAGGGCAAAAAGAUUCUGGUCUACGGCGGAACAUCUAGCUUCGGUAGCUUUGCGACGCAGUACGCCACCCAAGCCGGUUACGACGUCGUCACUACCACUUCCCCGCAACACAGGGAUUUCGUCGCAAAGUUGGGUGCUGCUUAUGUUGUUGAUCAUACCCAGUCUCACGAUGCGAUUGUAAAGGAGCUGGUUGCGCAAGGGCCCUACGACCACGUUGUGGACUCCAUCUCCUUGAAGCCCACAUACGCCAUCACCACCGAGGUUGUCGCGGCACAGGGUGGUGGAAAGGUAUACGGAUUGCUGCCACCCUCAGAUGGUAUUCCCAAAGGCGUGACUGCGGAGUUUGCAUCCUGGGGUGCACCACUGGCUGAGGAGAAGAAUGCGGAAUUACUGCAGUGGGCCUUUGGGACCUACUUUACACAGGCCAUUGCUAAAGACAAGAUUGUGGCCUUGCCCUCGCAAAAGAUUAAUGGUGGAUUGGGCGGACUGAACGAGGCAGUUGAUGUUCUCUUUAAAGGAGUCAGUGGCGUAAAGGUUGUUGUCGAGCUUUAG